GAAAAUAUAAAACUUAACCUACAUUUUAAUUAUUUGAUUUAUACAAAUUGAUGAGCCGCUUACCAAACGUUCUAUUCUUCUAGAAUUUUCUUUCUAGUUACAAUACUUCUCGAGAAAUUAAAAGAACUUUUAUUCUUUUGAGAUGGCAUCUAUUGCAACCAAAUUUCGACCUUUAUUCGAUAGAGUAUUGGUGAAAAAAGUAGAAGCUUUGAAACAAACUAAAGGAGGUAUAAUGUUGCCUGAAAAUUCUGCUAAAAAGGUUUUGGAAGGAACUGUUGUUGCAGUAGGCCCGGGAGGACGAAAUCAGGAAGGGAGUAUUGUACCAAUGGAUAUAAAAGUAGGUGAUAGAGUAUUGUUGCCUGAAUAUGGUGGAACUAAACUUCAAUUAGAGGAAGAUGAUUCUUAUACUAUCUUCAAAGAAUCAGAUUUGCUUGCUAAAAUCGAACAAUAAAGAAAUUCCAAAUUAUGACUGAUUAAUUUAGUAGAUAAUAGUUAUUAUAAACAUUUGAAUAUUUUUCUCUUGUGAAAGUGUCAACUAUAUCAGCUCCAAUAAUAACUAUAUUACUUAUUAUUAUUUCUUUUCCAACUUGUUUUAAUAAAAAUGUUAAUUUCAAUGAGUUGCUUAUAAUGUUAAUAUAAGAUUUUUUAUGUAUGUUUAAAAUAGAUUUAUUAGUUUUCAAAACAUAGUUUUUUUAUGUAUAAAUAAUAUUUUGUGUUACUUAUUAAAAUAAAAAACUCAUUAUAAUGAGUAUUAGUAUCAAUGAUA